AUGAACCUAAGAUGUAAUAAUCGUUCAAGAAAAACCAUAGAUGCGUUAUGUACAAGAUCUUUAUAUCUCCGAUCAGAAAGUAUCAAAGGAUCAACUGCAACCGAAGAAUCAAUCAAUAUGAUUGGACCAACUGAAGAAUCAACCAAUAUGAUUGGACCAACUAAAGAAUCAACCAAUAUGAUUGGAUCAACUGAAGAAUCAACCAAUAUGAUUGGACCAACUGAAGAAUCAACCAAUAUGAUUGGACCAAUUGAAGAAUCAACUAAUAUGAUUGGACCAACUGAAGAAUCAACCAAUAUGAUUGGACCAACUGAAGAAUCAACCAAUAUGAUUGGACCAACUGAAAUAUCUUCUUGUAUAAUUCGUCCAAGAUGGCUAGGUGAU